AUGUCCAGAGCCUUCCUGACCCUUGCCAGCAUUGCCGCCGCCGCAUGCGUGCAAACUGCGGUCCAAAAACCCGUACACAACGACUCCAAGAGAAAGUUCUACGAGAACGAACAGCAGGUGGUGCCUUUGCCCGGCACUGUGACGCCCAGCUCACCCGCCGAGACGGAGGUUUUGGGGCCGCGCACGCUCGUCAACGGCGUGACGGUACGCACGUUUUCGCCGCUCGAAUCGGCGCUCCGGUCCGUGCGCCAGACCGUGUUUUGUGCAUACCAGGCGUCGUUUUCGUAUUUGAACGACAAGAAACACGUGGUGCUCGAGCACGAGCGUCGUGUGACCGGCACCGUGGCCGCCUUGCAUAGCAGGCACGAGGACUUGCUCCCAAACGGAGUGUAUAUUGCCAUUGCCGGGCUUCUGGGCAACAUCAUGGCACGGAACAAAAACAUAGUGGCACGUGCCGUGUACCCGGCGGUGCUUGGCGUGGCAGCGUUCGGCUACUUCUUGCCGCAGACGUUCCGCAACACGUUUGACUUUUUGUGGCGGGCCGAGCAGCGUGUUUUGCCGCAGGUGGCCCAGCAGCAGGUGGCGGCGUACGAGCAGGCCCAUGGCUUGGUCGGGAGAGUCGAGGAAACGGCCGUUUCGGGCCAGCGGAAGGUGCACGACGGGCUCGAGAACUUGAGGCACACGGUGCUGAGGGUCACGGGCUUGAACAUCGACGAGGAGGUGCUGAAGAAAUAG